AUGGCUGGAGGCGGUGUCAAGAAACCCAUCAACGUCUUCAAGCUCGGCGAGCUUGGAGAGCCCAAGGGCGUCUUCAACUGGCGACUAUGGUUCGCCGUCGUCUCCUUCGGCCUCAUGGGCGCCGCCCGUGGUGUCGAUGAGGGUCUCAUCUCCGGUGCCUUCGGCUCCAAGGACUUCCAACGUUUCAUCCACUACGAACAAUACAGCGCGGUCGAGCAGACCAACAUCAAGGCCAACGUCUCUGCUAUGGUUCAGCUCGGUUCCGUCGCCGGUGCUCUCUUUGCUUUCGUCAUCUGCGACAAGAUCGGUCGUAUCUGGGCUACCCGUCAGCUCUGCAUCGUUUGGAUCAUCGGUAUUGCCAUCUUCAUGGCCAACAACGGACACCUCGGCGCCGUCUACGCCGGCCGCUUCAUCGCCGGUCUCGGUGUCGGUCAGACUCCCGUCGUCGGUCCCGUCUACCUCGCUGAGAUCGCCCCGGCUUCCGUCCGCGGUCUGUGCACCUGCGUCUUCACCGGCUUCGUCUAUCUCGGUAUCGUCCUGGCCUACUUCACCAACUACGGCUGCCAGAUUCACCUCGGUGACAACACCCACAACCGCUGGCUCGUGCCCACCUCGCUGCACAUCAUGUUCGCCGGCAUCAUCUUCAUCUUGACCUUCUUCCAGUUCGAGUCCCCCCGCUUCCUCGUCAAGCAGGGCAAGAUCGAGCAGGCCACCGAGACCAUGGCUCACCUCCGUCACCUCUCGGUUGACCACGAGUACGUCACUCGCGAGAUCUACGCCAUCCAGGCUGCUCACCACGAGGAGCUUGAGGCUUCCAAGGGCGCCACCUGGUACGGCAAGGUCAAGGAGCUCUUCCUCGUCCCCAGCAACCUGUACCGUCUCUACCUCAGCACCAUGGUCCAGUUCCUCUCCCAGUGGUCCGGAGCCGGCAGCAUCACUCUCUACGCCCCUGACCUGUUCAAGAUCCUCGGUAUCACCGGCCAGAACGAGUCCCUUCUCAUCACCGCCGUCUUCGGUGUCGUCAAGCUCACUGCCGCCAUUCUCUGCGCUCUGUUCCUCGUCGAUGUUAUCGGCCGUAAGCGCGCUCUGCUUACCGGUAUCACCCUGCAGGCCAUUGCCAUGCUCUACGUCGCCGGCUUCCUCACCCACGUCCCUCUCCUCGGUGUCGACGAGAGCUUCCAGCUGCCCGACCACCUCAUCGGCGUCAGCCGCGGCGCCAUCGCCAUGAUCUACGUCUCCGGCUUCGGCUGGGCUCUCGGCUGGAACUCCAUGCAGUACCUCCUGACCGCCGAGCUGUUCCCCCUCCGCGUCCGCGCCCUCGCCACCUCCUGGGCCAUGACGCUUCACUUUGCCAACCAGUACGGCAACAGCCGUGCCGUCCCCAACAUGCUGCUCUCCACCGACCACGGCGGCAUCUCUCCCAUGGGCACCUUCUGGUCCUUCGCCGCCAUCACCCUCAUCGGUGGCGUCUGGGUGUGGUUCUUCGUUCCCGAGACCGCCGGCCGCAGCCUCGAGUCCAUGAACAACCUGUUCGAGCUUCCCUGGUACAGGAUCGGUCUUCACGGCAACGAGGAUGCCGAGGCGCGUGACAUUGUGCACAACGAGAAGCAGGAGGCCGCCGAGGGAGUGCAGGGUGCCGCGGUGCACGCCGAGAAGAGAAACGAGGUUUAG